AUGGAGGUGAACAGGACCCUGCUGACUGAGUUUGUUCUCAGAGGAAUAACAGAUCGUCCAGACCUGCAAGUCCCCCUGUUCCUGGUGUUCUUCCUCAUCUAUGUCACCACCAUGGUGGGCAACCUUGGCUUAAUCUUUCUCAUCUGGAAGGAUCCCCAUCUUCACACUCCUAUGUAUAUUUUCCUUGGAAGUUUAGCCUUUGCUGAUGCCUGUACUUCAUCCUCAGUGACUCCCAGGAUGCUUGUCAACAUCUUAGACAAUGGUAGAAUGAUUUCUCUCUUUGAAUGCAUGGCCCAGUAUUACGUUUUUGCAUCCAGUGCAACCACAGAAUGUUUCCUUCUGGUAAUGAUGGCCUAUGACCGCUAUGUUGCCAUAUGCAACCCUCUGCUCUAUAUUGUGGUGAUGUCCAACAGAGUAUGCACUUGCCUCAUAAGUGUUUCAUAUGUAAUCGGUUUUCUGCAUCCACUUGUACAUGUAGGAUUAUUAUUUAGAUUAACAUUCUGCAGGUCCAAUGUAAUAGAUCAUUUCUACUGUGAGAUCUUGCCACUCUAUACAAUUUCUUGCACUGACCCAUCUAUUAAUGCAUUAGUAGUCUUCAUUUUUGCUGCUGUUAUACAAGCUAUUACUUUCAUGAGUAUCAUAGUAUCCUAUGCUUGUGUCCUCUUUUCCAUCCUAAAAUCUAAGUCUGAGAGGGGCAGAAGCAAAGCUUUCUCCACCUGCAGUUCUCACCUGCUCUCUGUGUCUUUGUUCUAUGGCACUCUCUUCUUCAUGUACGUGAGCCCUGGGUCUGGACCAAGUCAAUAUAAAGAUAAAAUGUAUUCACUGUUCUACACCAUUGUGAUACCUCUGCUAAACCCCUUUAUUUAUAGCUUAAGAAACAAGGAAGUUUUAGGUGCUCUGAGAAAAUUUAUAAAACCAUAA